AUGUCGCGCUCUCGUCAUGCUGAUGACAUAAUCAACAUCAAUGUCGGUGGCAAGAAAUACACGGUUCGACGCACGGACAUGUUAGCUGAUCCUCGAUCAAAACUCGCCGAAUGGUUCAAACCGGGAACUGUAAAACCUAUAGCGACAGACAAAGGUGGAAAUUAUUACUUGGAUCGUGAUGCUAAAACAUUUCGUCACAUACUCUCCUAUUUGCGCUUGAAGAAGGAAAAAUUUGUGCCUUCUCUGGCCCUGCCAAGUAAACCAGAUGACUUAGCUAAAUUGGUGGGUGAAUGUGAGGCACUGAAUCUCGCUGAGCUGAAAGAUCUCGCGCUGGAUUUGCUACAGAAAUAUCAACGAACCGAAGAGCAACAUUACGUAACAUCUUUCGUGCAAGUUACUCUACGCGAUUUCGAGAGCUGGCAGUUCGAGAAGGAGCAGGUACGAUUUUCGCAUCAUUGGCUGCUCACUAAAUGUUCAUUCUUCUGA